CAGUGCUCGUCGUCGCUGGCGUCGCGCGCCCGCGCCUCUUAUCUGCCUCCUAACCUCAAACAUCAUCGGAGAAAAAGCUCUCUUUUCUCUCCUGCAGUAUCAUCACGCGCGAGUGUUUGAAUAUUUGUGUUUUCUUCUCUCUUGAUUUCUUUUUUGCUUUUUGGCGCGUAUGUGUACGUCAAGUGCAGAGUAUCAUACAUAUACACCAACAUUAUUGUCGGUGAUGCUAUAGGGGGCUGCAGUGCUAAAAAGGAACGAGAUUGGCAGGACUGACCUGGUCAAAUGUAACGUAUAAAAGAAAAACAAGUCAAGAGUGGUAAAUGCAGUGUGUAGCAGAUGUUCAAGGAACCAGAAUGUCCGGUGAUCACCCUCCCACGAAUUCCCUUCCACUUACAGAGGCAACGCUUUGACCUGCGACAACAUCGAGCGGGUAUCAGCAAAAAAGUACAGUGCGCGUGUGAACAAUAACAUAAGAAAGAGAACAGAGUUGAAAAGACUCGUCGGUGGAUGUAGCGUCGGUUUAUCGUCUGGCUAGGCGUCUCGUCGGGGCAUAUGGCCCUGGACCAUGCUACCAUUCGCAAUAUGCACCAUACGAAUCAACUAGAAGACGUGGGUUAUAGGAGCGUUGAAAUCACGUCCGCCUUCACGCACUUGCCGCAGAAAGACAUGGCGCGCGACACUCCGGGCUCGCCGAUGUCGAGGUCGCGCGAGCACAUCGCCGCCGGCGCCACGGCUGCGACCCUCACCAGCGGCACCUAUCACGAGCACGCCGCGGCCGCGGCCGCCGCCGCCGCAGCCGCCGCCGCCAUCCACGGCAACGUCGUGCAGCAGAGGAUACUCGAGCUACAGCAAGAGCACCAGCGCCAAUAUCAACUGCUCCGGCACAAUUUCGAGCAGCAGCAGAGGCAGCUGGCCGAGAUUCACGAGCAGCAGAUGCACCAGCUGAAGCUAUGGGAGCAGCAGAAGCAGCUGGAGGAACAGCGCCGAGAGAAGGAGCGUCUGGAAGCCCUGAGAAAAAAGGACAAGCACGACCACAGCGCGGUCGCUUCGACGGAGGUCAAGCAACGCCUGCAAAGUUUCCUGGUGAACAAGAAGCAGAGGGAAGCCGCUGCCGCGGCUAACGGCGCCGUUCCGGGGACACCCGCCUACAGGUCCUGGAUGCAGUCGCAGUCGGAAUCGUCAAGCUCCACAAACGCUUCGCACCCGUACCGCAUGCCGCAGAUACUGCAGGAGAAAUUCGGCGAUGACUUCCCACUGCGAAAGACAGCAUCGGAGCCGAAUCUGCUGAAGGUGCGACUAAAGCAACGCGUCAUGGAGAGGAAUAUGGCAGCUACGAGAAACUCGCCGCUAAUGGCACGCAGGAAGGACCGACUACUGUCGCACCUCAAGCGGAAGUCACUCCUUGCAAAUUCAGGCAGCAAUCCGGAAAGUGGUCCAAACUCACCGCCGACGGUCAACAAUCCGCAGUCGUCGCCUACAGCAGGCGGUGGCUCGUCGACUCCGAUACAGGAAGAGGGCGAGAAUGCCAACUAUGCCGGCCAACUCAGUAGUGCCAGUCAGCAGGGUAGCCUGUCCGAUUUGUCGCUGUUCAGCUCGCCGUCCAUGCCUAACAUUUCACUGGGCCGACCUCAUGUUCCAUCCAGCUCGACGAGCGGCACAAAGUUAGCCACGGUAUCGGAAGCCGAAGUCCGAGCAGCAUUCGCAGCGCGACUUGGCACCCCAUUGACAGGUCAGAUGUUGACGGGUACGUUGCCGUAUUACCCAUCGCUGACCGUGAUCGAUGGCCAGCCGACGUACAUUCACAAGCAGAUGCAAAGUCUGGAGCAAGCGGUGGCGAGUGGCAGCGGAAACGGUAGUAGCGGUAACGGCACUGGUACUGGUGGUAGUCGGCACACGAUUUACCAUCCUACCCCAAUAACCGACACCCAGGUGGCUCAUGCGCGACUUCAUAAGGCUGGUCACCGGCCUUUAGGUAGUAGAACGCAAUCGGCGCCACUGCCGCUGGGACACCCAAUGCUGCAGGGUGGCAUAAUGGCCCCGCCAACGAGUCACUACUUGGCCGAAGAUUAUCUCGCUGAGAAGCAAUUGCACGAGCAACAGCAAACGCACAAUUACCUCAAGCAACAGAUCCGGCAAACUGUGCUGACGCGAGUGGGCUCGCGUAGUCAGCAGCUUGACGAGGCACCGGAAUCCGAGGAGUCCGAGGUUAUCGACCUUACUGGAAAGAAGGACAUCUCCGCAGCGGCGAGCGGAAGUAGUAGCGCCGGCAGUAGCAUAGAAGAGAGCGAGAUCUCGAAGCAGCAGCGCGACCGCGAGCAAUUCCUUCAGCAGCAGCGGGACCUCUUGAUGCGCCAAACACUGCAGGUCAACGAGCCAAGCGGCAUAUACUCCAGCGCGAGGAGCUCGCCGUCGGCGAGACCGCUGUCGAGGGCUCUCUCCAGUCCGCUGGUGCAUUUGGGGCCACAAGUAGCAACAACAACGCCCGAGGUGUAUACGAGAAGUCCGCGCGAUCAACCGACAACGGGUCUAGCCUACGAUCCGCUGAUGUUGAAACACGCGUGUGCCUGUGGUGAGACUGUACGUGGUCAUCCAGAACACGGUGGCCGAUUACAAAGUGUCUGGGCAAGACUCCAAGAAACUGGACUGCUGCAGCGAUGCGACAGAGUUCGAUCGCGAAAAGCCACUCUCGAAGAGAUUCAAUCCUGCCAUACCGAAGCGCACGCCUUCCUCUUUGGUACAAAUCCAUUAACGCGGCAAAAGCUGGACAUGUCUAAAGUACCGAUAACGAGUUUCGUACGACUGUCUUGUGGUGGUAUCGGCGUAGACAGCGAUACUACAUGGAAUGAAAUUCAUACUGCACCAGCUGCUCGCAUGGCUGUCGGUUGCGUAGUAGAGUUGGCCUUCAAAGCUGCAAUGGGUGAUAUUAGGAAUGGUUUUGCUGUCGUACGACCACCUGGACAUCACGCCGAGGCUAACCAAGCUAUGGGCUUUUGCUUCUUCAACUCUGUUGCUAUCGCUGCCAAACUUGUAUUGCAAAAACUCGAUCUUAGGAAGGUCUUGAUUUUGGAUUGGGACGUGCAUCACGGUAACGGCACACAACAGAUGUUCUAUGACGAUCCACGAGUGCUGUACCUAUCGAUUCACAGGCACGACGAUGGUAAUUUCUUCCCGGGCACAGGUGGCCCAGCAGAAUGUGGUGCCGGCGAGGGUCUCGGCUACAAUGUGAACUUGUCGUGGUCGGGGGGCUUGAAUCCACCGAUGGGCGACGCCGAGUAUCUUGCCGCUUUUCGUACCGUUGUCAUGCCCAUCGCCAAGGACUUUGAACCGGACCUCGUGCUCGUUUCCGCGGGUUUCGAUGCGGCCGUAGGUCACCCUGCACCACUUGGUGGCUAUACUGUUAGUCCUGCUUGCUUUGGACGCAUGACGCAGAUGCUCAUGACUUUGGCUGAUGGCAAAGUCGUAUUGGCUCUUGAAGGUGGCUAUGAUUUGGCUGCUAUCUGCGAUUCGGCUCAAGAAUGCGUUAGGGCAUUGCUUGGUGAUGAGCCUACGCCUAUCAAGGAUGAGGAACUUAUGAGGAUUCCUUGUCAGAAUGCUAUUGAUACUUUGCAGAAAACUAUCGCCGUUCAAAUGUCACAUUGGCCAUGUGUAAAACUACUGGCACAUACGGUUGGGAUGAGUGCAAUAGAGGCAAGUCAAAAAGAGCACGAUGAGACAGAAACAGUAUCGGCCAUGGCAUCUCUUUCCAUGCAGCAACAGAGUAAUCUCGCGAGUACGCCAGAACAUUCCCGCGAAGUGUCGGAAGAGCCAAUGGAACAGGACGAGGCCAAGUGAACGGAGCAGCCGAGGCAACCGCCCCUAUUGCGGUCUGAAUAAUUUUUGUACUGUCUGGCGAAAACUGGAUCGAGCGAGGACGUGCGGCCCCCGUUCACUCGUGAGAUAAGAAAAUGCACGAGCGACGGUAGUCCAUUCACAAAAGCGUAUUGACUAUGAGACGAGAAUGAAAGAAAAAUACAAGAAAAUACAAUGAAAAAAAGUAUAUAUAUUGAAGCACAGAAACAUGGUCCCACAGGGCACUAAACUAUUACGCCGCAUCGCGACGUAAAACUGAGGAGCUGCUUGCUGCUCUAUUUAUUGUUGAUGUUGAUGUUGUUCUUGCACACAUGACAGAAAUUUGUAAAAUUGAGAAAGUAAGUGACCUUCUGCAGAUGCGGUUGGUUUUCUUCUUUCUUUUUUCGUUCUCUUUUUUCUUGGCAAAGUCGAGCAAGGGGGCAGGUAUUUAUUUUUUUUUUCUUUUUCCUCCUCUCUUUGUUCGAAUUUAACGAGUAGAGCACUGGAUUUUGUCGUUAUAACAAGACCUGUGUACGCGCCUACGUACGUCAAGUGUUCAAUCCUAUUUUUGUUGUUACAACGUCCCCCUGUUUCUCCCCCCAAGCAAGUGUCUUUUUAACGUCGCGAGACAACGAACGCUAAUUUAACGUCCAAGACAUACUGCAGACGAUGAAUUUACUUUUCAAAUAUGAAAAUUGUCUCCUCUGUUAUAUGCAAAAACAUCGCUGAAAAUGGAUACAUUGUAAAUAUGAAAGAAAAAAUAACGUUUAAACUAAAGGUAUAAAACAAAAGAGCGAUUCGUUUUAUUGGAUAAAACAAUUGGUGUUGACUGAUUAUUUUUAAAAAAGGAAAACAAAAUGUAUACUGUGCAUGCAUAUCAUGCAAAAAUUCUUUUGUUAACUUAUAAUUAUGUAUCUAAUCAGUGAUUUCUCGUGACUUGUUGUCAAUCGCAAAGCUAGCAAAUCAUGUUAAUCGACAUGAUUGUGCACAACGUGCUUGGUGAGCUCUCGAUAAAAGAGAAAAUUUUUAAUCAAGCAGCCAUGCAUCUGCUUAGAUACGUUUUAACUGUGUAUUUGUGAAUAAGUAAGAAUAAAUAUAUGAUAAAAAAACUAACAUAAGUGAAGAAAGACAAUAGAAUUUAAGAUGUUUUUUGUAGCGUAUCGCGCUGGUCGCGGGUACGCUUUUAGUUUUUCGCUCGACAGAGAAAAAAAUAAAGGUAAUGCGCGCUGCACGAUUACAUUAGCUUUAAUGAAGAAAAUGGGAAAAAACUUACAUGAUACACGAGCGCGCACGUGAUUCUCUAGGAUUAACUUAGUUUCCUGCUGCGAACAAAAGGUGGUGCGAUUUUUGUGAUAUUUUGUAAAACUGUUAAGUAAAAUUAAUCUACGUGGAAAAAUUAAAAAAUCGUCGAUAAUAGAAAGAUUGUUCAGGGAUAGAAAAUGAUUAGCUCGAUGAAAAGGUAGGAAAAAAGAUAUGAGAAAAAUUGUAAAAGAAGCUUAAGACGCGUUAUGAUCAUUAGUGGAAACAAUACGAGCAUUUAUUUUUAUGUCAUGCAUUUUACAGUGUUAAAGAGAAAAGAGAAUGAGAGGGAUGGAAGAUGAUAUGAUAUAUGUAAAGGUUUAUUACCGAACGAAUUAAAGAUACUAUAUGUUUACAUAAAUUUUGUCAUACAAAUGAAAAUUGUAUAUUAUUAUAUUAUACAUUAAAGUAUAUAUGACAUAUUAUAUUGAAUAUAUGUAUAUUACGUAAUAAUUACAAUAUCGACGGCUUGUAAACAAAGCUACAGGCAAUGUAAGAAUCUCAAAUGUUUGAUAAUGUACGCAUUGCUUGUAUAAAUAUUUUACUUUGGAGAUGAAUUAUAAAAGCAACUAAAUUUACAAAAGGAUACAAGUCGCGUUGAUAUUUAAAACACAAGUGCAUAUGCGAGUGCGCAGCCUAUGCUUGUAUACAUUGUAUGUAUGUGUGAUGUUACAUAGCUCUAAGCGCAACUAAACGACUCGCAAGCACAUUAUUUAUUUAUAAAUUGCAUAUAUAAUACAUAGAUAUUAGUCAUAAAGUUAAACACACUAAUCGAACACUAUCUUUUAAGAACAAAAAGCUAUAUUACGUCAUGAUUAUUUUCCAAGUUAAUUGAAACAAAAAAAUCUGAACGAUAAACGAGACACUCAUUUAUUAUAAUUCUGUCAAAGCAUUAGGAAUAAAAAUGUAUAUGCAUGCGUACAGAGAAGCAAAUGAAAAUUCGUCCUUCGCCUUUGAAGAGAGAAAACAGGCCUACAAACUUGAUCAUUUCGCUCUUCAAAUGGCAAACUCAUCUGUUUAUAUUUCCGUUGUUCAAGCUUUAAAUGAAAUCAUGAACUCGUGACAUUCCGGUAUCAUCGUUAGUAAACUGAUACAAACUAGCUUUUAAAGCGUGCCUGUCUGUUUUUGAAUGAGAGGCAAUGCGAUGAAUGAAUACAUGAACGUAUGCAAGUGAAGAUGCAGCAAAUUAUAUAAAUUAAUUAUUGAAUAAAUAAAGCAGACCCAUAAUGUUAUUGAUCGUGCACGAGACGACGUCUAUGUUAAACAUGCCGUUAAUUGUAAUAGUCAUACAUUUUUUAUGUAUAUAAAUGUACCUCCUGAAUUAAUUUUAAAAAUAAAAUUAUAGU